GGUUCGUACCGGAAGUGUCUCGCGACCAGUCUCCUUGUCAUUUUGGCUACGGCAGAUUUGUGUGGAGUGAGACGGACAGCAGCGGCGGAGCAGGAAAGGGGAAAGAGAGACACAUACACAGAGAGACUGCUGGCCCGAAAUUAGAGAAAGCCUUCAAACAAUGAAACCAUCGACUGAUUUCAGUGCAGCUCACGAGUAAAACCGAAACUAGGCUAUUUAAAAUUAUCGUUAAUUCAAUGACGUAACAGUACUGGGUUUAAAGCCUGAGGUUAGCAGCCUGCUAGCGACGAGAGGAGAAGAAGAGAAGGGCUGUGUCAUUGAGAAGACAGGACACGUCAAGACGAGGAAGAGAAGAAAAAUCUCGGAAGCGGUUACUAAGCCAAACUCGGGGAAGACACAAAAAAGACCUGUUUUACUCACCACUGACAGAAAUCAAGUGCAUUUAACAAACAGAGACCAGUCCUCCGCUGUCGCAUUGGAGCGGAUCUUCCUACAGUCAUCGCCUAGGACCAAGGGUAGCCAGGAAGGAUAAGAAUACCGGGUGGCAGUGUCUACUGGAAAACAUAAAUGGGGGAUUACGGGUUUGGAGUCUUGGUACAAAACAACACUGGCAACAAGUCUGCUUUCCCAGUACGUAUUCACCCCCACUUGCAAGCUCCUCCUCACCAUCAUCAGAACGUAACGCCGAGCCCUGCGGCUUUCAUCAACAGCACCGCAGCUGGAAAUGGCAGCACCGGCGGGUCGCCCUGGCUGUUUCCAGCGGCCACAACCCAUAACAACAUGCAAGAUGAUCUGGGUGCAGACAAACCCAAAGGCCAGCAGCAGGAGCUGCAAGACACGCAAGAGAAGCAGCAGCAGCUCUCUCCAGGUCACCAAGAGGGCGGCAUCAUCUCUGAGCUUGAGAAAGCGCGCUCGGAAGAGAGCAAAUCUGAGAACGGCACAUCCGAGGGCACUAAUAGUAAAGAGAAGCUUCGCCUUGAGUCCCCUGUCCUGUCACCCUUUGACUAUCAGGAACCGUCUGGUCUGGGCACAGCUGUCCAGUCCAGUACUUCCUCAUCCUCCUUGACCAGCUUUAAUAACUGGUCUGCUGCCAUCGCUCCAACCCCAUCAGCCAUUGUCAAUGAGGAUGUGGGUUUCUUUACCCCGGCCAGCAAUGGCCCACUACUAUUCCAAAACUUCUCACACCACGUAGGCCCAGGCUUUGGCGGCAGCUUCUCUCCCCAGAUCGGUGCCGUCUCUCAGCACCAUGCUCCUCCGCCCCACCCGCAUUUCCAACACCAGCAGCACCGUCGUUCCCCAGCCAGCCCUCAUAACCCUCCGCCCUUCCCCCAUCGUGGUGCCACGUUUGGACAACUUCCUCAUCUCUCCAGUGGCCUGAGCAAACCACCCUCUCCCUGGGGUGCAUAUCCAAGCCCCUCACCCUCGCCUUCUUCAGCCUCCUGGAGUCCAGGCGGUGGUGCAUAUGGCUCCGGCACUGGCUGGGGAGGGUCUCGGGGUGCUGACUUCCGUCGUGGCUUGAAUGGUGCCGUGACUCCACUUAGCUCUGUCUCACCACUCAAGAAGACUUUCCCAAACAAUCACUCAGCCUCACAGAAGUACACCCGCUCUGGCACCACAUUCACCCCCAAGACCUGGAUGGAUGAGACCGUUGGCCGUAGCGACAAUGUUUUUCCCUUCCAGGAACGCACUCGAUCAUUUGAUGGCUUCAGCAUGCACUCCCUGGAGAACUCUCUAAUUGACAUCAUGAGGGCAGAGCAGGACACUCUGAAAGGUCGCCUUGGAUUCACUCAUCCCGGAGGAGACAACCCUUUGCCUAUAAAUGCAAGGAAUUAUGGAAGGCGACGAGGUCACUCAUCCUUGUUCCCCAUGGAAGAUGGCUUUCCAGACGAGGAGAGGGCAGAGCAAAGCCUUCCUGGUCUGGGCUCUCCCCACUGCUUCCCUCAUCAGAAUGGAGAGCGAGUAGAACGUUACUCACGCAAGGUUUUUGUAGGUGGUCUUCCCCCAGAUAUAGAUGAAGAUGAGAUUACUGCUAGUUUCCGUCGUUUUGGACAUCUGUUUGUGGAUUGGCCUCAUAAGGCUGAGAGCAAGUCUUACUUCCCACCAAAAGGUUAUGCAUUCCUUCUGUUCCAAGAUGAGAGUUCUGUCCAAGCUUUGAUUGAUGCUUGCAUUGAAGAAGAUGGCAAGCUUUACCUAUGUGUGUCCAGCCCCACCAUUAAAGACAAACCUGUUCAGAUACGGCCUUGGAAUCUGAAUGAUAGCGACUUUGUGAUGGAUGGGUCUCAGCCGCUCGAUCCUAGGAAGACCAUUUUUGUUGGUGGAGUACCACGCCCUCUACGUGCAGUGGAGCUUGCUAUGAUCAUGGACAGGCUGUAUGGUGGCGUGUGUUACGCAGGGAUUGACACAGACCCUGAGUUAAAGUACCCUAAGGGAGCAGGGAGGGUUGCGUUUUCUAAUCAGCAGAGCUACAUUGCUGCUAUCAGUGCUCGUUUUGUACAGCUGCAGCAUGGGGAGAUCGAUAAACGGGUGGAAGUGAAGCCAUAUGUCUUGGAUGACCAGCUGUGUGAUGAGUGCCAGGGCACACGGUGCGGAGGCAAGUUCGCUCCAUUCUUCUGCGCCAAUGUCACAUGCCUCCAGUAUUACUGUGAAUACUGCUGGGCGGCCAUCCACUCACGUGCUGGCCGAGAGUUCCACAAACCACUGGUGAAGGAGGGUGGUGACCGACCUCGCCACAUCUCCUUCCGCUGGAACUAAGGUUACACAGGCAGGGAGUGAGAGAGACGAGGGAGAGAAGGUGCUGAGGAAUCUUUACAACUAAGCGCACACUUGAGUUGAUGCGACUUCAGAUCUGCAGAAGAAAGAUCAAAGUAUAUCGCUUAAGGUCUUGGAUCUUGUACACUAGAUUUUAAUGACAAUAUAUAUUUAAAAAAAUUUAAUCCGCAUGGCAAGAACAAGUUGUCAUUAAAUUAAUGUUAAUAUUCAAAAUGGUUAACCUAGUUGGAAAUACUUGUCAUUUUGGUUUCCUCUCCAUAGCUGGAAUAUAAACUAUAAUCUAAGAAGAAUGCUAAAUUUGGCUGACUCUCGUAUCACAAGAAUGGAUGUUUGAUGUUUAGAUAUUUUACCAUUAAAAAAAAUAUAUAUAUAUAUUCUUGAACUGCCAAAUAGCUCCUAUUGUAAUCCUUAGCAUGCAUGAAGACAAAAAUAAGUACAUGAAUUAAAUAUGAAAAUUAAUUGUUGUGGUUGUGCACCAGAUGUUUCUAAACUUUUAAUUUGUUAAGGACACCCUGCACCCUCUUGUAUAUUACACUCUUAUGCCUUCCCCCAUAAUCCAGUACAUUCAGGACGCUGAGAAAAAAAAAAGCUAACAUUUUAGGCAAAGAAAGAACUUUCAGAGUUAAAAACAAACAAAAAAAAAAUAGCCGUGCAGAACGAGCAAUUUAUCAGACACUGUUGAAAAGACUUGAGAACUUCAUCCCUACUGUCUGUCUGAGGUAAAAUCAGAAACCUAUUUGGAGGAAGGGGAACUUUAAGACUUGAAUGUGGUAAAUGUUGCAAGUUAACUUCGAGUUGUUAUGUGCAAUACUUUUUUUGAACUUUUUUCCAGAUAAGGACUCUUUGCAAUGUAAUUCUUUAAUGCCAUUUUUAAUUGCUGACAUUUAAAAGAAGAUGUUAAUAUGUUUUUCACAGUCAUUUUCUACUGUUAUUGUAAUCCUUUUCAUGCUGGUGUUUGUAAAAAAGAACAGAAAUCAAAACUAUUUGUACUAAUAUAAAAUAAUUGAAGUUAUUUUUAAAACAUUAAAGGUUUUUGUGCUCAUUUGCUUAUUUUAUUUCAAGCUACUGUGAUUGCAUUGUAAUUAUUAGGUCAAUAAUGUAUUUAGCUGUUUAUUGGUAUAUUUUUAAUUGGAAUGUAUAAUUAAUUUUUAUAAUUUUGAUCAGAUUUUUGUUAUAUUUUUGAGGUGAAGCUUUUAAUAUGUUAAAGUGUCUAGUUUUUACUAAUUGCUAUAUUGUGCUCCACAAUAUAUGGUUCACAUUUUCUGAAGGAAAAGAAAUAUUUAAAUAUGUCUGUUAAUGAUGUUACUUAAUGGCAAAAUUUCAAUAGUUUUUAACUGUGUAUGGGAAGGUUGUUGUAUUUAUUAAUAGCAUUUUUUUACUUAAGAUAUCACCUUAAUUUGUAUUGUCAUUUCACUUUAUAAGUUCCUAUUUUUGUAUUUUCCUUUGUAAUUAAGUUAUGUUAUACAAAUGUCCAUAUUCUAGGAGUUGGUCUGUAAGUGCUAGUGAAAUAAGAAAAAGAAAAAUCUAAUGUUAUUUAAUUGUUUGCAGCCAACUAUUUAUAACAAUAUGCAUAAUUUUUAAAUAUUUGUAAUGUGAAACGUUGAAUGAAUAAAUCUUAACUGUGACAAGGCA